AUGAAUAACUACUCGGGCACCAACCUGCUUGAUCCUCUACAACAGCAAGUUGUUAACAAGGACCUGCAAUCUCAUCUUAAGAACUUCACCAUGGCCAGCAGAGCUAUUUCCAACGUCCAAGAUCAUCUUCCUCUUCACACCACUCUCCAGGCCAACAACAUGAUGAUCGUCGCCGCAAUCUUCCUCCUCAUGCUGGCUCUAGCCUUCCUCCUCGCUACCCAACAUGUCACCUCCCUCCACCCAUGGACCCGAUGCUGGCAGCAAACAUGUCUCCGUACAACCAGACAACCACCAUCUGACGCCGAAACCAAGAUUCUCCAAGACGUCAAGCCCUAUCAAUUCCCACCCAUGAAGGAACGCACCUCCUCACGCAUGGCAAUGGGACUUAAGCGUCUCGAUGAAUCAAACUGGCUCACUCUUGAUUCCAACUACCUCCCCGAGCAUGCCGAACGUCUCAACCUCCUCGCAACCCGCCGUUCGAACGUCAUUGAGUGCCUGCCAGGUUCCGAUGCAGCUUGCCAGGAAGUCCUCAAUAUCGUCACUUCCUUCUUGUCUACAAGAUUCCCGCAACACUUCGCAAUCAUCUCCUCACCAUCAGGACCAAAGAUCAUCAACCACCUAACAGAUGAAGUAUACCCUAUCGGACCGUCAUGUCCAAAUCCCCUAGAAGUUGCCGCCAAGCUCUCCAUGGAAGACUUCAACAUCCUGUUGCGCCAUCCAGAGACAGGUGAAUAUCACCUCCAAGCUUCGGCAACCCUGUUUCCCGCUGGAUGGAAGUUACAGGAGAGAAUCGGGACGAGCAUGGCGAAUUUGCACAGGCCUGUUCCGGGGUGGAAAGCCAAGCUUGGAAGUAGUGUGAAUAGAUAUUUCGACCACCUCUCCCACAAAACCGCCAUGGAGCGUACCAAUGUCUUCAUCCAAACCACGCCGAAUCUCUUCCAAGAUGCACCCGACAGUGCACCGGAAACCAUCCUCACUCUUGACGAUCUCAAGAUCCGUCGCGAACGACAGACGUUCACGCGACUUGAGCACAGUGGUGCUGUCUUGUUCACCGUAAGGACGUUUAUAGAGCCAUUGACGCAGUUGGGUGAUGAUGAAUUGAGGGCUUUGAGAAGUAUGGUGUUGGGAUGGGAGGAGGAAGUUAGGGUGUACAAAGGAGGUGAUAUCUGGGGCCCGCUGCUGAUGGAGUGGUGCGAGGAGAGAUUGGGUGCGGUUGAGGUCAAGACCGGGAUUUAA